AUGAUGAUGUCAACCAUAGGUUCGGGUGGUUUUGGGACUGUAUUUAAAGUAAGGCAUAGAUUGGAUGAUAAGAUAUAUGCCGUUAAAAGAGUACAAUUUGGGGAUUUUAGUGAAAAAAGAAAAUCUAGAAUUUUCAAAGAAGUAAAAAGUUUAGCAAAAUUGGACUCAGAAUUUGUGGUCAAAUAUUACGACUCAUGGCUUGAGUCCAAUCAUCUCUACAUUCAGAUGGAGUUCUGUUCGCAAAGUCUACGGACUCUACUCAAAGGCAAAGCCAUUGUAUUCGAGAGACAACCGGAAGACCCGAUGAAUAGUGUUUUUGAAUAUUUCAUUUCGUGUGAAAUAUUUAAAGAGAUCUUAGAGUGCGUUCAAUAUCUCCACGAAUCGGAUCCGCCUGUCAUUCAUCGGGAUCUCAAACCCGAUAACAUAUUAAUUGAUCCCAACUUUAAUUCCAAUCGUUUUGUAAAACUAUGUGACUUUGGUUUAGCCACUGAUCACAACAUCGAUGGCCAGUCAUCUAAAAGGUACGCGCAUUCAGUAGUGGGCACAACACGAUAUAUCGCACCCGAAGUUUAUAGCGGUAGAUAUAAUAGCAAAUCAGACAUUUAUAGUCUGUAUGUAAUCGGCGAACAGGUGUUUAAUAUUGAUCUCCAAACCUCAGAAUCGUUUGAAGUGAAAGAAUCGGAGUUAAAAUUAUACAUACAAUUUCUGUAUCAGACACUACUGGCAAUGAUGUCAACACCCUUUUGGAAGCGAAGGCCUGAGUGUCGGGAAGUGUUGGCCAAACAUAACGAGUGGUCUAUCGAUAAGACUGUUGUCACUAAUCAUAAACAGUUUAAUGUUGUGUUAAAUAGACUCAAAUCUAAUGUGAAUUCAGUUUUCUAUGAGCUUCUCUCGCGUAAAACACGAUAA